CGUAAUUUUUUGUUUGUUUUAAUAAGCCGUUAAUUUGUGCUCAUGUACUACUUAUUUUUUUAUCUGCCCAUAUUCGUUUUUUUCGUUCUGUGGGUAUAUUUUCAAAUGAUUAAAGCUACACAUUACAUUGAAUGGACAAAACUUUUAGUGUGUAAUCAAAUAUUGAAUAUUACAUAACAUCACCAGUGGAAGCAUAAAGAGCGUCCAUACAUUGAUAGCGACCGGCAUUCUCGUUUGUGAUUUGACUAGAGUUUAGUGGAAUAAAGUGUGCGGAACGUUUUUUUUCAGCCAUGGAAGAGUUGAAUUUGUUAUCAAAAGUCUUCGACAUUCUACAAUCAGAGCAUGUUCUCCAACCUAGUGAAACCGAAAAGGUGUUUCCAUAUAAAGAACCUCUCGAACUCACGGACGCGCUAAAUCUAAAUUUGGAAAAUUCUUUUGCUUUAAAUUCGGCUGAGCAGGAACAAGUACUAAGGAAAAUAAUUCAACAUUCCAUCAAAACAUGCCAUCCGAGUUACUAUAAUGAAAUGUACGCUGGACCAGAUUUGUACGGACUCACCGCAUCUUGGAUAACGGAUGCACUUAAUGCUUGCCAAUUUACAUUUGAAGCAGCACCGGUAUUUUCGCUAGUGGAAUCAGCUGUUGUAAAUUUUUUUCUCAAGCUCUGCGGCCUCGAAGACGGAGAAGGCAUGUUCACACCUGGUGGAUCGAUUGCGAACAUGUACGCGAUAGCAAUGGCUCGUCAUAAAAUUCUACCACAAAACAAAUCGCAAGGAAUGUACGGCCAAAAACCACUGAAAAUUUUCACUUCACAAGAUUCGCAUUACAGCAUAACGAAGAGUGCCAAUUGGCUGGGCAUAGGCGAGAAGAAUGUGGUGAAAAUCGAAACGGAUACCACAUCCCGCAUUGACAUUGGUUUGCUGGAGAAAGCUAUCCAGGACGCAAUUGACCGGGGAUCAAUGCCUCUUCUUGUGUCGGUUACAGCCGGAACGACAGUUUUCGGUGCCUUCGAUAAUUUGGAAAAGGUCGCCGAUUUGUGCCAUCAGUAUCGAAUUUGGAUGCACGUUGAUGCGGCCUGGGGAGGCGCAGUUGUUUUCUCAGCUCAACACAGAGACUUGCUAAUAGGAAUUGAACGUGCUGAUUCUGUGACCUUGUGUCCCCAGAAAAUGCUGGGAGCUCCACUUCAGUGUGCGAUGAUUCUUCUGAAGCAUAAAGGUCUCCUUAGUAACUGUAAUACCACUUGUGCGGAAUAUCUUUUUACUGCUGAUAAAUACUACGACGCAUCCUAUGACACCGGCGACAUGAGCAUCCAGUGUGGCAGAAAGGUUGACUCUUUCAAACUCUGGUUCAUGUUGAAGGCACGUGGUUCAGCAUGGUUCGGGUCUGCCGUGGAUAACGCGUUCCUGUGUGCUCGAUACUUCCAGACAAAAAUUUCCAGCAGUUCCUUUUUCAAACUCGUCCAGACGACGCCGUAUCAAUUUACGAACGUUUGCUUCUGGUUUAUCCCCAAACGACUCCAGCUGAUUUCUGCUGACGAGGAAAAUGAUGGAUGGCAUGCCGAGCUUUAUAAGGUUACGCUUGCGAUGAAGGAAAGGAUGGUGAAGAAAGGUACACUGAUGAUUAGUUAUUCUUCUUAUCCCACGAAAAAAUUAGGUUAUUUUUUUCGGCUGGUACUGAAGUGUGUACCGUCUCCUACAAUUGCAAAAAUGGACUUCAUCAUCGACGAAAUGAUUACCAUCGGUAGUGAACUAUGAAAUAUAAUCAAAUUUGUGUGACUAUUGCAUAAAUAAUUGAUAAUACUACUAUCUACCUAUUUGUUAUGCACUCUACUAUACAAAUCAACUCCAUCAUCGAUUGCCGAUUUUCUGACACUUCAGGUAAUAUUUCUGAGAUAGGUUUAAAAGAAAAUAAAAAAAUUGAUCGGGUUUCCACAGACUUAAUACAAACUAUAAUAAAGUACAAAAAUUCACUAUUUCUGUCAAAUUUUGCUUCAAUUUUAGCAAGACUCGAAAAACAUGCGAAGACGACCGAAACUGAUAGAUUUUAAGUGAGCCAAUUUUUAAAUUCACUGUAUCUCGAAAAUGGAAGCAUUUAGCAUUUGUUGAAAACUAUACGUCCUUUCAUAAAGGCGGAACGAAAAACAUAUAAAAACAAAUAUUGCACCAAACAUUUUUGAAAGACUAUAAUUUUUUUCCAGUCCAACUGAUGAAACUUCUUGGCCUACAGU